GGCCUGUAAUUCGCGUGGACGCGCGCUCUGGAAGACCAUUAUACACACCCCCUUGGGGAAAACCGCCGUGGCGAAACUGGCUGCAGUUCGGUGUGCCGGCGUCGCCGACUUGCCAGAUAUCCACGCGUUAUUGCGCCGCGGCUGACACGUAUCUCGAUCCUUACUUUGACUUCCGUCCUCGUUUCUCAGAGACCGCCAGAAAGCGCCCUCGCGCCAUUUGUCAUCACGUUGAAACUUUCGUGAAAUUAUUUCCAACCAACCGACCAAGCAAGCAAGCCAACUUGGAAUGACGCCGUCGUCGUCGUCCCGCGGCCACUCGACAAUUAUCGAAAUAGAUUCUCCCCUCCUGGCCCUCGGUCUUUCUGGCCCAAGUUGACGCGCUAAUUUUCCGCCGAAAUCGCGCGGCGCAAGCGGGGCGCCGAUCGAUGGAGGAGAGUUUUGCCGCGCCGAGGGCUACUCGAGCGCUUAUCGGCGCAGCGCGCUUGCUUACGCUCGAUUAUCGGCCCUUUUGCACGACUGAUCCCGUGACCCCGAGAGAGGGUCGUACGUGGGGCGGUAUCGCAUACGUGUGCACGCGCCUAUCCCUUUGAACUUCCUGGCCUGGGUGAGGCAGAAAGAGCAAAACGCCGGUAGAUAGAGGAGAGAGAAGCCCCGUCCUUUCCGCCCUCGAGAAAAUCUCGUCGGCCGAUGAGAAAGCGUGGCACGGUUAGUCCGACAUUGUUAGCCCCGGAGCGCGGAGCCAUUGACGUGCGGUUGUCGACGGACGUUCGAUACGCGGAGUGACGACGUUGGCCGCGAUCAGGUCGAUCGGUAUCGCUUGUGUUAGCGUCGUUAUCGUCACGCCGGAUCGGUCCUCGCGAAUCGAUCGCUCGCGAAUAACGCGAGCAGCCGCCGACGCGCUGCUCGGCGCCGAUCGGCCGUGCGAUAUUUCGACACGUGGCGCAACGACGCGUGUCUGUGUGUGUAUGUGUAUGCACGCGCGCGUGUAUUUACUAUAUUAAAUAUAUACCUGCACGCGGAUGUGCAGAGGAAGGACAGAGAGGGAGAAUCCGCGAAAGGUGGGCGGCGAGUAGGCUGAAAUACUUGACAGAGCCGCGCUCGGCAGUCUGGCCGGCGCGUCCGUGCCUCUUGAACGGACGGAUGAAUUAAUUAUUGGUGUCGGGUGAAAAGAGCGUGUGAUUCGUGCCAUGGAUCGAAAAUAACGACGACGGCGGUGCGCAGUGUCGACAGUGCUGUUCGCACGAGGAAAUCAACCGGUUCGGAUCUUAUCAACGUGACAACCGGACGAAGAAACUGCCAUGGCCAACACCUCCACCGAUCUCUCGGAAGAGGAUUUAACGUACGGAGAGGGCGGCCACAACUGGCGGAGCAUAGUUUUCUCGCUGCUGGUCAUCGGCUUCGUUAUCGCCGGCAUCGUCACGGCCAUUUAUCUCCUCGGGUACGUCGACGAGCUGCUGUACUGGAGCGGCAGGCGUCUUACGUUGGACGAGUGCCUUCGUGAUGACCUGACACCGCACAGGUUACCACCGACCUGGAUCUCCCACGAAAAGUUCGUCUACCAAGCCGACGACGGUUCCCUCACUCUCCUGGACACCAGCAACAAUAUCGUGUCCCUCUUAGUCUCUAAUCAUACGCUUAGACAACUGAACGUUCAGGGCUUCGAGUGCAGCUCCGACCUGCGUUAUGUACUGUUCAGGCACAAUGUCAAGCCGGUCUUUCGAAACACUUUCACCGCUCAUUACACCGUCUAUGAUGUCACGAAUGAUCAUCACACACCCCUUCGCUUGUUGGCGUCGCGACGUAUGCAACAGACGCGACUGCAAUACGCUACGUGGUUGGGCAACACGUCCACCAUCCUGAUGAUCUCCGAGAACGACAUUUAUCUCAGGAUGACGCCCGCCGCGACGGAGGACAUCCGUUUGACUGAUACAGGCGUGCCCGGGGUGAUCUACAACGGCGUUCCCGACUGGCUGUACCAGGAGGAAGUGCUACCGAGACCACAAGCGACGUGGCCAAGCCCGGACGGCACACAUAUCCUCUACGCCACGUUCAACGACACCCAAGUGAGCGCAUUGCAGUUUCCGUGGUUCGGCACGCAGCUGGGUCAGGACGGUGCCAGCUUGAGUCCCUUGGGCGCAUCCAGGAGGGGCUCGUUCCCGCCCUCUAGGUCGAUCAGAUACCCGACGCCGGGUUCGCCGAAUCCGGAGGUUGAGCUCUGGCUCAUGGAACUUGGCAAUCUCAGCGCGGCGAACUACAACGGCACCGGGAACGUCACGUGGCCGAACAAAAUGAAGCUGAAGCCGCCGCCAUCCUUGGACGAACUAGAUUACUAUCUGAUAUCGGCCGGCUGGGUCGGCGAGGACGCCUCGCAGAUCGCGGUCGUCUGGAUGACGAGGAUGCAAAAUCUGUCGGUGGUAUCAGCUUGUCGCGGUCCCACGUGGGAGUGCGAGGAGACUCACUCGGAAAGGGCGCCUGAAGGACUGUGGCUGGACGCCCAACCGCAUCCUCUCUUCGCUCCGGAUGGUGACAGCUUCCUGCUGCUGGCCACGGUGCAGGAAGGUGACAAGGAGCAUUUCACGCAUAUAAAACACGUCACGCUCACCCAGCAGAGAAUAGCGGUGCUCUCUCAUGGCCGCUACGAGGUAAGCGAGAUCUUAGCGUGGGACACUAAGGCGCAUCUCGUAUAUUAUCUGGGCACCAGAGAGAGGAGACCUGGCCAGAGACACCUGUACGUAGUGCGCGAUCCCACCGCGGACGAUCCUCGUCAUUUCGAGCCGUUGUGCGUCACGUGUGACCUCGGCGAAGUUCUUUGGAGUAGUAGGUUCUACUACACCAAUUGCACGCACUUCGGCGCAUCCGUGAGCCCGCCGGUCAGCGACAGCACGCAGGGUCACUACGUGCUGCACUGCGAGGGUCCCGGCCUACCUCUCGCCGCUGUGCACAUGAUGUCGUCGCAUAAGAUGCUGCGCGUACUGUACGACACGAGGAUCCAACGCGCAGACAAGCUUUCGGAACUGGCACUGCCUACCAGACGGAAUUUCGAGGUGCCGUUACCCCAAGGCUGGCGGGCGCAGGUGCAGCUGCUGCUGCCUCCCUCGUGGCGGGAGGAGCUCAGGGACGCUGCGUUUCCCGUGCUCGUCGAGGUGAACGGUCGUCCGGGCAGCGAGGCGGUCACGGACAAGUUUCGGAUAGACUGGGGGACUUAUAUGUCCAGCCACAACGACGUGGUCUACGUGAGACUGGACGUACGAGGCGCCCGGGGUCAGGGAAAGAAGGAUCUCUUCAGGAGGAUAGGCGGCGUCGAGGUGCAGGAUCAGCUUACAGUGUUGAGGCAUCUUCUCAAGACGCUCAAGUAUCUCGAUAUUACCAGAGUCGGUGUCUGGGGAUGGGGUUACGGCGGAUACGUGACCGCUAUGGUCCUCGGCAGCCAGGAGAACGUUUUCAAGUGUGGUGUCGCGGUCAAUCCGAUUGCCGAUUGGAUGUACUACAAUUCUGCAUUUACGGAACGAGUUCUCGGCGCCCCUGCGGAUAACUACAAGGGUUACGUGGAGGCUGAUCUCACGCAACGGGCGAGAUUGGUGCCCAGUCACAGCCUUUACCUUCUUCACGGUCUAGCCGACCUCACAGCGCCUUAUACGCACGGCGUUGCCUUCGCCAAGGCUCUGUCCGAAGCGGGAGUCAUCUUUAGAUACCAGAGUUACGCGGACGAAGAUCACGCCCUGGCGGGUGUGCUCGAACACGCUUAUCGUUCCAUGGAGGACUUCCUCGCCGAGUGCCUCGCCUUGGAUGCCUCCUAGUGCCUCAAGCCGAAAAAUCCUUUGUUGUCUCUAGUGCGCCUAUUUCCGAUACAUCCAGAACGGACGUUAAUACGGGAAGUCGUCCUCGAGGUCACGGCAAUUAUUCUCGCGAGCGGAACGAUAUCCCGCAGGCCCAUUUAGGAGCCUGAAUUCGACGAAGUGAUUCAGGCCGCGGCAGAGCGAGGAAAUUUGCGAAGAAUAUCGCAAGAGGACGACGAUCGCCUUCAGCCCGGCGAUAUUUUCGCGUGUAUACGUUGUCGAACGACGUCGCUCCGCGCCUCUCACGCGGAUUCGACACGUCGAUAGUCCCGUAAUCCGCCGAAAAACGUGAGAAUCGUCAUCGAGCGCGGGAGCGACGCUGAUAAGUUCGACGAUGAUAUGGCUCGCAUACGAAGGUACGGCGAAGGUACCCCCAGAGGGAGAGGAAGAGAGAAAAAGAGAGAAAUAGAGGGGGAGAGAGAGAGAGAGAGAGAGAGAGAGAGAGAGAGAGAGAGAGAGAAAGACGCGCGCGUAUUUGUCGUGAAAUCGAUCUCGGGCGAAUCUCGAGAAGCGAAGGAGUAAACGAGGCGCGUGUUCGAAAGCGCAGACCGAAUUACUACAUGCGGAGCUUACCGACGGCUUGCAAAUUCAGCGUCGUACGUUCAGCGCCACCGAAGCGGCAGUGUGUCGCCCAGGAAUCGACGUGGUGCGUUUGCAAGCGCGUCAUUAACGUUUUGCUGUGUUCCAAGUCCCAAGGGCGUCCACAUAGAAAGGGCCUGAGAUUUCGUAGAGCGAUUAAAAUGACGGUGGAGAGAUUAUCACAAAUUGAAAUACACUUCGACGUACAGAGCUUAUCGGGAGUCUGCAAACUCGCGCUUCCCCCCUCGCUUUCAGUUUUUCACCUCUUUCGAUAAACGGAACCCGUCGGGUCGGCUCGAAUCCCAAAGUAAUCCCGAUUACCGAACGAUCGGUCCCCC